UUCCCGCGGCUGAGCAGGGAUUUCACCGCCACCAUGUCGAGCAAAAGGGCCAAGACCAAGACCUCCCAGAAGCGCCCUCAGCGCGCCACAUCCAAUGUGUUCGCCAUGUUUGACCAGUCCCAGAUCCAGGAGUUCAAAGAGGCCUUCAACAUGAUUGACCAGAACCGGGGUGGCUUCAUCGACAAGGAGGACUUGCAUGACAUGCUCGCUUCAAUGGGAAAAAAUCCAACCGAUGAGUACCUGGAUGCCAUGAUGAACGAGGCCCCGGGCCCCAUCAACUUCACCAUGUUCCUCACCAUGUUUGGAGAGAAGCUGAAUGGCACAGAUCCCGAGGAUGUCAUCAGAAAUGCCUUCGCUUGCUUUGAUGAGGAAGCCACUGGCACCAUCCAGGAGGAUUACCUGAGGGAGCUGCUCACAACCAUGGGCGAUCGGUUCACAGACGAGGAAGUGGAUGAGCUGUACAGGGAGGCCCCCAUCGACAAAAAGGGGAACUUCAACUACAUCGAGUUCACGCGCAUCCUCAAGCACGGAGCCAAAGACAAAGACGACUGAAGCGCCGCAGAUUCCAGCCAAUGU